ACCACAAACCCCUCCCCUUCUCCAGAAAAGCUUCACCGAUACAAUCGCUCGAUUUACCUCCAUACCAUAUUCUAUUACGAACUCAUUGAUUUUUAUUUCAUUUGGAUUUCUCUCGUCCACACCGCCGACUUUUUCAAUCACAUACUAAGAAGUAGUUGGUACCUACUACCUACUCACGACUUGUCCUUCGAUACCCUUCUCCUCGCGAAAACAAAUAACUCGGUCCUUAUUAAAACCCACGAGCAGGACUCACAUCAACAAACAUAUUUGGAGAUCUAAACUUUCUCGUAUUCAGAUAAAUAUCACAAUUUGGAAUAUACCUGGAACAAAAAGGGGAAAGCGAAAAAGGUCGCGAGAAUAUCAUUUUUUGGCUUCUUCUCAAAUCGAUGGUUAUUGUUUCAUAUUCGGCAGCCCUGAAUGUUCCUUGAACUUUGAGUCGCCAACACAUGCGGAGGGCCAAUUGAGUGGAACCCUUGCGACUCGACAACGUCAGAAUACCAAGCAAUUCUUCGAGAGAAGAUACGAUCGAUGCAAGAUUGAAUCAAUCUGCAAGGAACAAAACGAGUCAUCUACCAUCAAGUAUUCCAUUUCAUUAUUCACUCUGGCUACCGCGGCUCGAAGUGCUCGAUUCAAGCAUUCCUUCAAAGAUACAACAAAAUAGGGGGUCGAGCAAGGUCUGGAGAUAGUUGUGGAUAAUAACGUUGAUCAUUAAACAAUGGGUCCUCAAUCAGAGGCAGGCCCUUAUGCGGAAGGCGAAAAUUACGAUCCCUCACAUUCCGACGAUGGGGGAAGACUUACAGCUGAGAGGGAUAUAACAAUGCAAGAUCAACAUCUACCGAGGCCAAAUGGUCCAGAUAGGAGGAUGAACGCAUCUCCAGCGAACAGUGUGAGCGGUAGAGAAGGACCUAUGAGAGAGGGGAGUCGCAGACCAAGUAACGAGCGCACACGAUCACGAACGCGAACUGGGAGGGCUGGUAGCGGAUCUUUGAGACUGUGCAAGAAGUGCGGUGAACCUUUGACGGGCCAAUUCGUACGUGCGCUGGGAGGUACAUUCCAUUUGGAUUGUUUUAGGUGUCGAGUAGGUUAUUUCCAUGUUCACCCUUUCAAUUUAUAGGAUUCAACUUCUGACUUCGAGUUUGUAGGAUUGCGGUCAAAUAGUUGCAUCAAAGUUCUUUCCGGUGGAUGAAGAAAAUGGCGAAGGACAAUACCCACUGUGCGAGACUGAUUAUUUCAGACGUUUGGAUUUGAUAUGUCACCAAUGUAACGGGGCACUUCGAGGAUCAUACAUCACAGCACUGGAGCGCAAAUACCAUAUAGACCAUUUUACUUGUUCGGUAUGUCCAACAGUGUUUGGCGCACAAGAUAGUUAUUACGAGCAUGAUGGGCAGGUCUACUGUCAUUACCAUUAUUCGACACGGUUCGCGCAGCGAUGUAAUGGAUGUCAAACGGCAAUCUUGAAACAGUUCGUCGAGAUAUUUCGAAAUGGCCAAAAUCAACAUUGGCAUCCCGAAUGUUAUAUGAUUCACAAAUUCUGGAAUGUCAGGUUGGCAUCCCCACAGGAUGUACAAGAAACUCCUCAGGAAUCGGAUGCUACGACAGAUGAGGAAGAUCGAAACACCGUGCGACUGGAGGAAGAGAGAAUGGAAGAAAAGGUCUACAAGAUCUGGAGUGUGCUAUCGACAUUCGAAGAAUCCUCUGCAGCUUGUAUAUCUGACAUGCUUCUACAUGUGAGCAAUGGUGCAUAUAUGGAUGGUGUAAUGGUGGCAAAGAAGUUCAUAUGGCAUGUUGAUAUACUUUUCUGUUCUGCAGAUAAGUUGGAUAGCAUAAUGAUGAGGGACGGUUCAAAGGGUGAGUAUUCCCAUGUAUAUCCUCGUUGUAUUUACUAACCUUGUCAGGACUCUCAUAUUCGCGCGAAGCAAAGUUAUUAUGCAAGAAAAUUGUGGCAUUUUUCUCACUUCUGUCCAAGACUCAGGAGACAGGCGUCCGGAAACUUGGCGUUACACAAGAACUUCUUGCAUUGGUAACUGGUUUGGCUCAUUAUCUGAAACUAUUAAUUCGCAUUUGUCUUCAAGGCGCAUUAAAGGUUGAACGAGAUCAAAAGGAUCCAGAAGGCCUUCACCAAUUUCUUGAUGACCUAGGUGACAUGGAUGCAAUCAAGAAUGAUGAAAGAUCCUUAGAAGCUACUACAGGAACUCCUGGCCUUUCUGCGCCGAAUUCAGAUUCGUGUAUCAAAUGUCAUAAACCAAUUGAGGAUGAAUGUGCUCGAUUCGAAGAAAGGAGGUGUCAUCUGACAUGCCUGCAAUGCUCCAACUGUGAGCGAGACCUUUCUCAGAAUCUCGAAGACAUCAGGUUUAAUGAUGUUGAACAACGGGUUUACUGUAAUGAUUGUCAAAGUCCCGCUCUGAAUGUGGUAUCAGGAUUCGUGCGAGUGACGAGGUUACAACAGUAUGUCUUCCUCUUGAGAGUUGCUUUAGCUCGACUCCUCGAAAUUCUACGUACCAAGGGUACUCUUCCACAUACUUCGGAUGAUCCAAACCUGAAUGGUUACAAUUCGAGUGAAGGUCACAAGGUACCUUCCGAUGACGACCCUCCUAUGUUGAGGUCUGAAGCACGUUCCAAAUCAUUCGGAGGUCCAGUUGAUGAGAACCCACGUGAAUCAUCCUACGAGAAUACUCUAAAUGAUGUAAGGCGACUACGAAGUACUAGGAUGGACAAGCAUCUGUCUUCAACCAUAAAAAAAGCGAGAACAUCGCGGAUAAUGGAUGGUGUUGACGGUAAGAGACCAGGUUCUGCAGGUGCCGAUGGAUCAGAUUCGAGGAACAACGAAUUUCAAGUAGUGGAGGAUCGCGAUGGGAAUGGCGAGUCAAGAACGGAAUUAAUGUUUGGACAUCAAGAUGCUCUCACCCUGGAUGAUAUUCCUAGAAUAGUUGCUGCUGAACAGGCAAAGGAACAAAGACCGAACGCAUAUAAACAUGCUCGUCACGAACUUUUCCGAACAUCUAUUACCGAACCUAAACUCAUCAACGGUCAUCAAAGAACUUUCUCUGCCGGGAACGACUUGGAUGCACAAACACAACGUCAACAACAGAGAGUUGCUGGGAAGAAAUAUUUCUCUGAGUUAUCUGCUUUGGAAUACUUCAUCGUGCGUCACGUUGCUGUCAUCGCGAUGCAACCCAUGCUGGAUGGUCACUUUACCAUGGAAGAACUUCUUAACUUGAUCGAGACUAGAAAACCUACAUUCUGGGGUAAGAUGGGCAAAGCUUUCAAGAAUGAUGGCAAAAAGACAAACGUCAAGAAGAAAGGAGUCUUUGGAAUACCACUUGAAGUUAUUGUCGAAAAGGAUGGCGCGGAAUCGACAGAUGGUGUUGGUCCUGGAGCCCUCAAGAUUCCUGCUCUUGUCGACGAUGCAAUUGCUGCUAUGAGAAAGAUGGAUCUCUCAGUUGAAGGUGUUUUCAGAAAGAAUGGCAACAUUAGAAAAUUGAAUGAAACAGUCAAGGAGAUUGAUAGUGGGGGAUGUGAUGCGGUGGAUUUGAGUCGACAAAAUGUUGUACAAGUCGCUGCUCUACUCAAGAAAUACCUUCGCGAUCUACCGGAUCCUUUACUGACGUUCAAACUUCACAAUCUAUUCAUCGCUUCGCAAAAGAUAGCCGAUGAAGAUAAGAGGCGUCGAGUGUUGCAUCUAACAUGUUGUUUACUUCCAAAGGUACACCGAGAUUGUUUGGAAAUUCUUUGCUCCUUCUUUAACUGGGUUGCAUCAUUCCAUCAGGUCGAUGAAGAAUCUGGAUCGAAGAUGGAUACUCACAAUCUUGCCACGGUUAUCGCACCGAAUAUCAUAUACACGAAUGCUAAAUCACCUGUCGAUGAUAACUUCCUUGCAAUUGAGGUCGUUCACACACUUAUUGAGUGUAACGAACAAAUGUGUGAAGUAAGUUUUAUCAUUUUUCAUUCAUUUUAUACGUAACUAACAAUAUAAAAGGUACCUGAAGAUCUCCAAUCAAUACUCAACGACCCCAUCCUCUUUAAUAAUACAUCCGACAUAACCACCAAAGAAAUCCUUAAACGUUAUGGUGACAUCAGCGCUAGUGGUGGCGUCCGUCAUCAAGUUGAAACUACCGAAGGUUCAGGCCACAGAGAUGGUAGUGGUCGACCUCUAGCACCAGUUGUCACCAGGGUUGAUGUUGAUCCUGCACAUCCUGCUUGGCAAAAAGAAAGUAGCGUCAGACAUGUACAAGACCCUCCAAUAGUUCAAGCGGGAUAUAAUCAGAAUACGCCACCAAACCAACAAUGGCAAGGGGUUGAGGCUGCAGAAAUACAACAUCCAGCGGCUGUGUAUAGAGAACAACAGAAUCGAACUCCGGAUAAUGCACAUGGACAUGGGCAUGGGGAAAGAGGCGCAGGUGGUGAUAGGGAUAGGAGGGAAUAUAGAAAUAGUGGGUGGGGACCUGGGAGACCACCGCAGAAUGGAGGGGUAGGUGUUACAGGUGCUGGAUAAAAUGGGAUAUUAAUGGUUGAUAAAUAAUCUUACGGGUGAAGAGAAGAGAAGAAAAGAAAAGAGAAGACAGGAGAGGAGAGGAAGAAAAUGUGGAAAUCAUCUAAUUGGGAUAUGCAUUUCUUGAUUAGAAAUAAAUCUCGUGCUAGAAGGAGCAAUGCGGUGCAAUGCAAAUUAAAGCAAAGCAAAACUUAUAGUUGGUGCAUAGCAUGAGAUGUGGUUGGGAAUGUGGAUGAUGAUAUCCACUUCUUUAUACAAUAAUGAUAAAUUAUGUUAUGUUUAUUUGUUUGUUUGCUUG